UGUAGCUAAAAGUUUUGUAUAUUGUUCACAGAGUCGAAUACACUGUCACCUUAAACUACCGGCUAAAUCCACUGUAAUGAACAACAACAGUCCGACGACACCUGAUCCUGCGUUGCUGGCUCAAAGCUCCUCGGUAAACGUAUUCCACGAUGAAUCAAUUUUGCCACAGCGGAAUGUAAAAACAAGUGAAAAUGUUCCCCCGUCGUGUGCAGAGAAAACCUUGUUUGUUAUUUCGAUGAUUCUAAUAGUCCUUGCAUUGCCUUGGUCCAUAUUCUGCUGCCUCAGGGUUAUGUCAGAGUAUGAACGAGCGGUGAUCCUACGUCUGGGACGGCUGCGUCCCAAACCUCCAAGGGGGCCAGGCGUCAUCUUUCUGGUGCCAUGCAUCGACGACGUCUUUGUCGUCGACAUACGCACCAGAUCAUUUGAUCUGGACAGACAGGAAAUCCUUACUCGCGACAUGGUGACGAUAAGCAUCGACGGAGUGGUGUACUACAGUAUCAAAAGCCCUUUUGAUGCAAUGCUGCAAGUAUACGAUGCAGAGGAAGCCACCGAGAAGCUGGCCAUGACCACUCUGCGGAACGUGGCCGGCACCCACAAGCUAAUGGAUUUGCUCUCGUCGAAGGAGUACCUGUCCAAUCAGAUCGAAGGUAUAUUGUACAACUCCACAGAGCCUUGGGGAGUACGCGUGGAACGGGUGGAGAUCAAGGAGAUCUUUAUGCCGGAUCAACUGAAGCGCGCCCUGGCUGUAGAGCAGGAAGCGAUGCGGGAGGCCAAGGCCAAGGUGGCCGCUGCCCAGGGAGAACGAGAUGCAGUAAAGGCGCUGAAGGAGGCCGCCGACAUUAUGGAAACCAACCCCAUUGCCUUGCAGUUGCGAUACCUGCAGACCCUGAACUCUAUCUGCAACGAAGACACAAGAUCCUAUGUCUUCCCUUUCCCCGUUGAUAUUGUAAGGAAAAUCAUGAAAUGAUUGGCAGCGAUUGUUUUAAAACAGCCAGCCAAAUGUGUUAUUAUAGAAACACAUAUAACAAUGCUCAAUUUUAAAACACUUGUACUUGGUAAAACUUAAAAAAUAAGCAGGAAGCAGAGGUUACUCAGUGGAGGUUUAGCAUUCAAUAUACAUUUCCUAGAGUGCCUUGCUUAAA